GCCAUGUUUUACCUCCCAGAUGCAGCGUUGCGACAGAGACGGAGAAGUCAAACGACAUGAAUGUAGAAAAUAAUCAUACGGCAGAAACAGAGAAGGAGCAAACGAAGAGCGGCAACGAGACCAUCACCAUUCAAACUACACUGAGUGACGACGAUGAUGUGCACAAAUGUGGACGUUGUCAUUCUGAGUUCUCUACACUUGAGGCUUUCAUCCAGCACAAGCUGCACCAAAGCUGCAAACGUGAGGAGGCACAUGAUACUGAUCAGGACGCCAGCCAAGAGGUCAAUGCACCCAAUGGAAGUUAUUUCUCAGAGGUGAAAACAACAGAGGAUGCAUCACUAGAUAACCUAGUGAGGACCACUGAUGAUGAAAGCAGUGGUUUUCUAGGAAGAGGUCGCAGGAAGAAAACUGCCUCACUGAAAGUCACUGACCAGCCUGAUGGUGCCGAAGGUUUUUUAUCUGAUGGUGCUGACAGUGAUAAACUGACUUAUAAAGUCAAUCAAGAUGGGCGUUACAUUUGCCAACUUUGUGACAAGACAUUUAAAACGGCAAAUAUCUUAAAAACUCACAUGAAAACACACAGUGACCAGAAGAACUUCUCAUGUGAGCUAUGUGAGACUUCAUUUCGUACCAAAGGCUCCCUGAUUCGCCACAACCGUCGCCAUACUGAUGAGCGGCCGUAUCGAUGUACCCUUUGUGGCCAGUCUUUCAGAGAAUCGGGGGCUCUCACCAGACAUCUUAAAGCUCUGACUCCCUGCACAGAAAAGAUUCGUUUUGUCCAAUAUAAGGAAAUCCUCGUCAGCAAGGAUGGUCAGCAGAAAGGAGUCAGAGAUGAUCGAGCUGCAGUGGCUGCCCAGCAAGAGGUGGUAGUUGUAGAGCAGCAGCCAGAGGAGCAGGAGAUGGUGGAGGCUAAGACUGCUGUUGUGAGUGUUGUAGAGGCCGGUCCCCAAGAGAUGCUCAGCCAGGUUCAGUUCACGAUGGAGGUGGAUGGAACAACACAGGAGCAGCAGGUGGUGAUGGAGCAGUCACAGGCAGAAGCCCUGGCUGCUGCAGCAGCUGCUGGUGAUAAUCUCAUCUGCCAGGCUAUCAUCAACUCUGGCAUUGCACUGGAGACAGAGGAAACAGUGGUUGAGGAGGUCCCACAGUCAUCUGAAGAGAUGGAUAAAGAGGUUUCUGAACGUCCUGAUUCUGAUCAGGGUGUCAUUGAGAUUCAAGUAAAAGAAGAAUUUGUUGAGAUGGAGGAGGUAGGAAAUGGUGAUCGGACAACCACAAAACUGUACAAAUGUCCACAUUGUAACCGAUCCUUCAAGGGCUUAAAUUAUUUUCGUUUUCAUGUUAAAGGUCAUUUAGGUUAUAAACCUUUUAAGUGCACAUUAUGUCACAAAGAGUUUUUAACUGGCUACCUAUUGAAGAAACACAUGGAGGUUCAUGUCAGUGAGAGGCGAUACAAGUGUGGCGAGUGUGGAAAGCUGUAUAAAACCAUUGGACAUGUACGCGAACACAUGAGGGCCCAUUCAGAUGAAAGACCAUACCACUGUACGAGGUGCAACAAAGGGUACAAGACCAAGAAUGCCUUACAAGUGCACCAGCGGACUCACGGGGAUGAGAAACCCUAUGUAUGUGAGUUCUGCUUUAGAGGCUUCAGAGAGAAAGGCUCUCUGGUACGACAUAUCCGUCAUCAUACAGGGGAGAAGCCUUUCAAGUGUCCCAAGUGUGGACGAGGUUUUGCUGAGCAUGGGACUCUCAAUCGGCAUAUGCGUGCUAAAGGAGGCUGCCAUAGAGAAGAUUCCAGUGAGCAACAAGGUGCCGAAACACAAGAGCAGGCCUCAGUGGACAGCCUCCCCACAACAGCCAUCAUAUCAGAAGAUCCUCAUGCUGUCUUAGUAGAGUUCUCCUCAGUGGUGGCAGACACGCAGGAGUAUAUCAUCAAGACUCAACCUGAGGAAGAAAUACAGGAAGAAGUUACUCUGAUUCAAGACAGCCAAAAUGAGAUGGGAAACCAGAUCAUGAAAGUUGUUCAGCAAAUUGUCAGCCAGUCGCAUGGCUCGGGCAGCCACCAGAUAAUUGUGCGAAAUGUGGCGGUGAACGAGGAAGGCACAUCCAUUUCCGACUGUGGUGACACCAUCACCAUCGCUACACCUGAGAGCCUGACGGAGCAGGUGGCCAUGACGCUGGCCUCCGCCAUCAGUGACGGCACACUUCUGGCCACGGCAGGUACCGUGGAUGCGACAGAAGGAACUGUUACUAUGGUUACCACUGAGGAAGCAGUGGAGGAAGGAAUACAGAUGGUGCAGCAGCAAGAAGAAUAUGUCAUCACUUCCCCAGAGGAGGUGGAGAUUCAGACCAUUAUUGUAUGAUCUAAGAGCAUACUCGCUGAACUGUAAAGGCACUGGCUUCAGUUAAAACUGUGAAGUGAGUUUUUAUGAGUUUCAAAAGUGGGUGAACCCAUUGCAAAACUGAAAGCCAAAGGGUUAAUUAGGUUUAAGGGUGCAGAAGAAGAUGGAAGAGGAUUAGUUUCAUCAUGCUUUGAAUUUGUGUUGAUUUACUCACAAAAAUUAUUCACUGUAUUCAGUGUCCUAACUAAUUUGUGAACAUGUAAACACACACUGCUUAGAAUAGAUAGAUUAAUUUAGUAUGAUUUUUAUUUAAAAAUUUGGCCUGAAGAUUUGUUUGAUGUUACAAAAUCACCCUGUUUUUUGCCUUAAUUUGCUGUAACCCAGUAAAAAAAAAAAUAUACAUAUAUAUUUUUUUUGUCUUUUACUGCAGAGCAUGGCAUAAUUACCUUGUGUUUUUCCCCCUUUGGUCUCUGAUGUCUGCUUUGGCCACCGUCACGUUUUUAAACUUUUUAUCUGAAGUGCGAUACCCUUUAAAGGUGGACGUGUGUGCCUGCCUGUACAAGGCCAUCCAUGAUGUAGUGUUGCCCUCCUGAGCUGUGCAAUUAUGAAGCGUCCUUCAGCAUGACCGAUAAACCCUAGAGAUAUGGAAGUGUGUUACCCAAACACAGUUUGCAUCAAAUAAAUUUUUUUUUACACUGUU